CUUCCUUCAAACUCAACACCUGAUCUUCCACUACACAGAUCGUAACGAUAGACAAGAUGUCGUCUCUUGCAGAAGCUCAUGCCAUUAACGCAAAUGUGGCCGACCUCGUUGAUCAGAUUAUUGCUGAGCUGGAGAAUGUGAAGACUUCCACAUGCGAAGAGAAAGUUGAGCUCGACAACGCUCAAAAGGUACUUCUCGAACAUGCCACAAAGCUUCGUGAUAACAUUGGUACAGUGAAAGAGAAUAUGGAUUUGUAUCUUGACUUUCUAUCUAUUGGAAAUGGUACAAGUGCAGCAGAUGUAUCCAUGCUGGCUGCCGCUGAGCUAUCAGUCCUGGAGCAAAAGAUUGGCAGUUUGCUUUCGAUUCUGAACACCUCCACACCCUCAAAGGUUACUGAAACUUACACUGCCAAGAUGUCUGCGCCUUUGGGUGGAAUUCUGGAAUCCAUUGGGCAGAUUUGUGAUGUCCGCAACCUCGAUCUCCUCUACGAUAAUGCCGGAAAUCUCAAUCUUAUAUCACACAAGUUCGGAGCGUCACUCGCAGAUAACGGCCAUGCCAACGAAAUUGAACGACUUCGUAAGGACAUCGAGAACCUGAAAUCUGUACACCAGUCUGAUAUCAACAAUUUGCAAAGACGACUCUCCGAAUGCCACGGCCAAUUGGAGAACAGUCAAAGUCGUUUACGCGAGUUAGAGGUCGAGAAGGAUCGUCUUGAUAAAUACGUGGAAAGUCUUGAGGAUGACCUUCAAGAGAUUGGAGAAACCUCCGCCAAGAUCCGUGCUGGUUUUCUGGAAGAAGGCAAGUGCAGGCGCAUUGCUGGUGGAAGAUGGGAGCAGAUUCCAGGUCGAGGCCUUCGCGAUCACAAGGCAGUCAGCGACAAGAAUGAUGUCGCUCAUCGCGGUGAUGUUGCGGGGGAUCAAAAGCUGUUUAAAAGAGAUCUACUGACGGAAGAGCGCAUACCUGACUUUGUCAAUAAAUACAAGCGUCAUACACAGGACAGAAUCACUAGCCGGAAGGAGAUUCAGAUCUUGAAUAUCCAUGCGGAACUGUUCUCCUAUUUUCUCGACACUCCACAUUCAUGCUGUACUCAAGAGAAUGAAGCCAAGUUUACUAGACUAUGGAACAAAUUCGAGGCAUGGAUUUCAAAUCAUAUCGAGGGUGGUGACUACCAAAAGGCCAGUCCGUCAGACCAAGACAAACUUGACGCCGAGAUGGACAACAACGAACACAUUGAGCAAAUCCGUGUGGAAAUGAAGAAGAUAGCCAACGAGACAUUCAAAGUUUACCGCGAACGACAACUGACCUACUCAUCUUCUUAAGGCUGAGGCCCCAAGUGAUUCUUGAUGUUAGAGCCAAGAUCUGUUCUCUAGUAGAGAAAACGGUACUACUGCAUCAUUGGUGGAGCGUUCUGGAUCUCCUGAGAGCAUUCAAAACGUCUCCUUGGGAAACAUUUGAACUCUGGAGACAAGGUUCGGCAUUUCUUGAUCGAAAUCAUGAAAGUCUAACCUGGUUCUGGCAUUAUGCUUUCAAUUUUUGAAGCACUAACUAAGUUUCCUCGGUAUGUUUGUGAUGUUUUGGGAGCCAGAACAUCUUCUGACCUUUGAGCAGCGUUCUGAGUUCUCGGGCGAGGUGCAUUCGCACGAGGAACAUGAAACGAGGUGUUUGAGCUUUGGAAUUUCAUUUUCGACUUCUACAAAAUCUGGAGGGGUCGGGAGCAUUGUCUUUUUGCGCGGGGAAUGGCUGAUAGAGGUUGGGGAUUCGAGGUUAUUCUCCAAAAUCUUCUCUUUUUCCCAUGGCAUCAGUUUUCGUCU